AUGCGUCCCCUCCGCUUCUUACUGCUACUCUUCUUCUUCGUCGCUCUACCUGUGGCACUGACCUUUUGGUCAUUACUGGCUGCAAGUGCAAAUGCUGUCGAUUCGUUUCAGCCCGGUUUCGACACCAAAUCUGGCCGCCUCAGGGCUUUCUUCUCGUUCUCGACCCCCUCCUCCCUAUUCCCGCCUUCUGCGGUUAUCAGCCUCACCAACGACAACUCAACCUUCUUCCUAGCCAGACCCGCUGCUUUCGGUCCCAGCCUUCCGUCAAAGGGUCUAAGUGGUCAGUUAUGGGUCGGAAAAGGUUUCGGAGACGAUGCUCUGCUGAAAGAGGAGAACAUUCAAGUGGCGGGAUGGGAAUUGGGUUGCUCAGACGUCCCAGGGUGGGCUGAAGAGAAGGCAAAGAGCAUCAAGCACCUGCCCGCAGUCGACCAAAGCCAGCCCAAGACUAAAGCACCGCGAAGCAUAGACAACGAUCGAUCAGGCCGUGACGACGCCGAAUCCCUGUCGGACGAGAGUUUCCCUGAAGACGACGGAACCGACGACUAUUUACACCAUCCUCUACCUGACUCGAACCCUGCAACACCCGGCGAACCAGGCGAUCCUGCCAACGCCGAUCUUUCAGACAAGAAACAGGCCACCCAUGCCGACAUCGAGUCAUUGCAGGAGAGUGCCGACAUUGCAGGCAAGAUUGUCAUGCUGAGCCGUGGCGGCUGCGGAUUCUUGGAGAAAGUCAAAUGGGCUCAACGCCGUGGCGGUAUUGCCCUGAUUGUUGGCGACAAUGAGAAGGGAGCGCAAUUGACAAUCAUGUACGCCAAGGGUGAUACGUCGAAUAUAACAAUCCCUGCACUAUUCACUUCGUACACAUCAGCGCAUCUCUUAUCUUCGCUGGUCCCUCAAGAAGAUCUUGACGACGAAGAUGCCAAAUCCAAGGCACAUGAUAAGGCUACGACUGUCAAUUCUGGUGCAGACCAGAAACAGCAUGCGAAUCAGCCCAUCUUCACGUCCACAAAACCCGGAGCUACGAAACCGACUGCAGCUGCAUCCGAGGAGGAGCCUGAUGAGAGCUGGGUGAAGAACGUUCUCUCGGUCGUGGGUUUGGGAGAUAACUCGCCAUUCUCUCAACACGAGGACAGCCGUCGUCCCCCUAGCAGUGGCAACAUCGAUUGGGUCCUCCUGGAAGACUGGAAGGAAGAGGCUCGCCCAGAUCUGAAGGACAGUAAGAACACAGCGACUGGUGUCGCCACAGCCGCCUCUUCCACGCUCAAGGCAAAGUCAACGAGUUCCAAACGGACUGGAGCGGAUGAUUUUGUGAUUGGAGUGCAAGACUGGCGAGACACUGAUCUCGUAGCACCGAAACCCACCACCACCUCACAGAACGCUCUCGAAGAGGCUGGUAAGGGCAUGCCUACGGAUUCCGCAAGCUCGGCGAAAGCUUCAACCAGUCCGGAUGCAACUCUGAAAGGUGGUAGCAUCACUCCCGGCAGUGGAGAAUACGAUCAUGAAAAGUCGGAGCAUCUGAAUCGCUUCCAGCGAGGCCAUGCGCAGUCGAAUCGGAUACCUGGCAGUUCUGGCAUUCGUCAAAGCCAAGAAAAGGGCUCAUGGUUCCAUGUUUUCCGCUCUGGCCACGGAAAGAAAGAAGAUUCGCAAGACAAUGUACUUCUGAAUGAAAAGGAUAAUCAGGGAAAGGAAAAGAGCUCGAAAUCACCUUGCCCGGACGAUGAGCAUGACCAACCUGGUCUAUGGGUCACCCUCACACCCACAAGUGUUUCUGCUAGUCCAUUCGUCGACACACUUCUGGUCCUAGUGGUCAGUCCACUAGUCACGCUGACAGUGGUUUAUACCCUUCUGCUUCUCCGCUCACGGAUUCGACGUCGAAGAUGGCGUGCACCAAAAUCCCUAGUCGACCGACUACCGGUUCGCACUUAUCACACUAUGAGCACGACUUCGUCCACCACGUCUUCGCGGGUGGAAUCUCCAGAUGCUUCUUCACCUACUUCGCCACUGCUUAUCUCCCCGAGCCACAAUAUGUCUCAACGACCUCGGCCGCGCUCACAGACCACCACGGGCAUUUUUGCUGGUGGAAGUGUAGAAAGUAACCUUUCACAGUCUCGAAGCCCGCACACAGAAAAGCACACUGCAAAGCCGGCGAAACGGAAGCGCUACACAGGUCGACAAGUUGAAUGCGUGGUAUGUCUUGAAGAGUACGUGGACGGCGAAAGUCAAGUCAUGUCCCUACCAUGUGGGCAUGAAUUUCACGUCGAUUGUAUCACGCCUUGGCUUGUUACAAGGAGACGGACCUGCCCCAUAUGCAAGGGAGAUGUUGUGAGGAGUAUGGCGAGACAGGGAAUGCAGCGGUAUGAUGACGACGAGGAAGAGGAUGACGAUGAUAUUGGCCGCGACAGUCUCGAAAUCGGACGGAGGGAAGGUGAAAGCACGAGUGACGACGUCCAAAACCGUGUGGCUCAAACAGUGAACCAGGAACCAAGUGCAGCGAUUCCGAUUCCAUCAUUGAGUAGGGAAGACGAGGAUGUGGAACGAGGGCAGGACCCAGACGUACCGCUUUCGGGCGGAUCAGAAUCACUGAGCUCAGAAUCAACUAUAACCCCCCAGAGACUGCGUCAAGACCAUAGAAGAGGGACGGAGCGGCGCCGGGAUCGAGAAGGACAAUCCAUGUGGAGAAAUAUGGUCUCUGCAAGUGUUGGCCGGCUCAGUGGAGAUACAUUAUGGAGACAAACGCCUGCGGACCGGAGUCGGUGA